UCUACAACUACCUCAACUACUCCAUAUCAUGAACAGAACGACAUCCAUUUUAAAAGAUGAAGCACUCGGCUGCACCACGAUCGGAUCCUCGCCAAUUCUCGAGAUGAAGUCGCUCGAUCCUUCUGGAGGCGAAGGCCAUCUUUUGGUCAAUGCUGGAGGGAUAGUGGAUACCCAGCCUCCACUUUCGCCUUGUCUAUCACCUUUAUCGCCUUUGACGCCUUUAACAGGCGCCAGUACGCAGGGCCCACCUUCUCAGACUGCCUUGCAAAUCCUUGAACAACAUGGUAGAAGCCCAAUGCACCAUUCAGCAGCUGGCAGCCUUACAUUAACCACCAACAACCUCAACAACAACAAUCACUCGUCAAAUAACACUCUUAAUAACUGCUUAAAUAACAGCCUUACCUCGCACAGUGUGCACUUAUUUCAUCAUCACGUGUCUUCAGGGACGAUAACCAGUAGCUGCGGAAAUGAUGACAAACGAUCCUCAAAGCAAAAGCGACAUCGAACACGAUUUACCCCCGGCCAACUUCAAGAAUUAGAACGAAGUUUCUCUAAAACGCACUACCCAGAUAUCUUUAUGAGGGAAGAACUUGCAAUGCGAAUCGGCCUAACUGAAUCACGCGUACAGGUAUGGUUCCAGAACCGGCGUGCCAAAUGGAAGAAGCGCAAGAAGACGUCGUCCGUAUUCCGUUCUUCAGUUAGCGGUAUCGGCGUCAGUAUGGGCGGUCCUCUACUUCCGUCGCACGCGUUACCACCUUUCGGACCACCUCCUGUUCCGACUAUGCCAUCUGCAGUUUCAACGGACGCAUUGUGCUCCGUUUCGUUUGCAGGGCCGGACUCUCGUUGGCCCCCGCCAUCACCUGUUCCAUUAGCGGCAAUGCCACCCCAGUUGCCGCCCCUUAAUUCGCUUAGAUCACAUCAGCAACAACCAACGAGUAGUCCUCUUUCGAUACCGCCAGUCUCCAUGGCCGGUGUUACUAGCGCCCCGUCAGGAGCGUCACCUCUUACCCAGACUUCGACUUCAUGCGCUGUUAGCGACUUUGGAGGUUACCAGGGUUCAGGAAUACAGUCAUGGCCGUCAAUGCUCGACUCCAACAUGUUGUGGAACUAAUGGAUUCAUCAAAAAAGGACUUUUCGUCUUUGCAGUUGAGCCUGAUAGCCAACAAUAACAUUAACGAAUUAAAUAUAGAAAAAAUUAUAUUUAAAUUGCAUUUAAAGCCCAUUCUU